CAGAAACUCGAAGGGGUCUGUGUAAUCCGCCUAACAUGUAUUUUCCUCUAAAAUUCGUACGAUUUUUGUUAAUAUCCUGCAUACUUUGUGUCGGAUUGUGCUCAGAAGAUGAAGAGAGGCUGGUACGAGAUCUCUUUCGAGGAUACAAUAAAUUAAUCCGGCCUGUCAAAAACAUGACAGAAAAUGUUCUCGUUAAAUUUGGUCUUGCAUUUGUGCAACUUAUCAAUGUGAAUGAAAAGAACCAAAUUAUGAAAUCAAAUGUUUGGUUGAGACUUACGUGGACAGACUACCAACUACAGUGGGACGAAUCGGACUACGGCGGAAUAGGUGUCCUCAGGUUACCUCCAGAUAAAGUUUGGAGACCAGAUAUUGUUCUUUUUAACAAUGCGGAUGGAAACUACGAGGUACGAUAUAAAAGUAAUAUAUUAAUAUACCCAAACGGGGAAGUGUUGUGGGUGCCACCUGCAAUAUACCAAAGUUCAUGUACAAUCGAUGUGACAUACUUCCCCUUUGAUCAACAAACCUGUAUUAUGAAAUUCGGCUCAUGGACAUUCAAUGGAGAUCAAGUUUCUCUCGCUCUGUAUAAUGAUAAGAAUUUCGUAGAUUUAUCUGACUACUGGAAAAGCGGCACAUGGGAUAUUGUCAACGUUCCAGCAUAUCUAAAUGUUCACAAAGAACAAGAACCAACGGAGACAGAUAUUACGUUUUACAUAAUAAUUCGGAGAAAAACUCUCUUCUAUACCGUGAAUUUGAUUUUGCCAACGGUCCUAAUUUCUUUUCUGUGUGUCCUGGUAUUUUAUUUACCUGCAGAGGCUGGUGAAAAAGUCACACUGGGCAUUAGUAUUCUGCUAUCACUGGUAGUAUUUCUUCUUUUAGUUAGCAAAAUUUUGCCACCUACUUCACUCGUUUUACCUCUCAUAGCUAAAUAUCUUCUAUUUACAUUUGUCAUGAAUACUGUUAGUAUUUUGGUAACUGUAAUCAUUAUCAAUUGGAAUUUCCGAGGACCUAGAACUCAUAGAAUGCCACAAAUGAUCCGUAGAAUUUUCUUAAAAAUUUUGCCAGCCAUUUUGCUCAUGAGAAGACCGAAAAAGACUAGACUGAGAUGGAUGAUGGAAAUACCCAACGUAACACUCCCAGCAUCUACGUAUUCAGGAAGUCCUACAGAAAUGCCAAAACACUUACCAGCUUCCUUAAAUAAAUCAAAGAUGGAAGUAAUGGAAUUGUCAGAUCUCCACCAUCCAAACUGCAAGAUCAAUCGUAAGGGACACCAUACUGGUGGUUCUAGUGCUGCAGAUGGAGGUAACGAAACGAUGGCUGACAGAAGAGGAUCGGAGAGCUCCGAUUCAGUUCUUCUUAGUCCUGAAGCUAGUAAAGCUACUGAAGCAGUCGAAUUUAUUGCAGAACAUCUAAGAAAUGAGGAUUUGUACAUACAGACUCGUGAGGACUGGAAGUACGUUGCAAUGGUAAUAGACCGUUUACAAUUAUACCUCUUCUUCAUAGUAACAACAGCUGGUACAGUUGGAAUUCUUAUGGACGCUCCCCAUAUUUUCGAGUAUGUGGAUCAGGAUCGAAUCAUUGAAAUUUAUCGAGGAAAAUAAUUCUUCAUAUUUCGAAUACAUACCAUCUCCAGUUUGCUGCGUCGUCAUAUUUUGCAGACAAAAAUUAACAUAUUUUACUGGGAAAGCUAAUAUUUGUGAAUACAUUUCAUUAGUGACUUUUAAUUGAAAACAACAUUUAAUUUAAUUUUACAAAAACCAUUACUGAAUACAAAUAGGUCAAUUUUUUGUAAUCUGACAUAAUUUUAGUGACAUCGUCUUUCGCAAUACCCGAAAUGUUUAGUGAUUAAUUCAAAUUAUGAAAACACUACAGUUUUAUUGAAAUACAUGUGGUACCUUAUACCAAUUUA